AUGGAUGAACUGCAGGAUGUCCAACUGACAGAGAUAAAACCUCUGCUGACCAAUAAGAAUGCCGGUCGGAGCUUUGAAGACUUUGAUGGGCAGGAGCAUGAUAUUGAGACUGCUCAUGGUGUGCUGCAUGUCACAAUGCGUGGCGUCCCAAAAGGAAAUAGACCAGUGAUCCUGACGUACCAUGACAUUGGCCUGAAUCACAAAUCUUGCUUCAACACAUUUUUCAACUAUGAAGACAUGCAUGAAAUCACACAGCAUUUUGCAGUUUGCCAUGUGGAUGCCCCCGGACAGCAGAUGGGAGCGCCUUCAUUUCCAUCUGGAUACCAGUAUCCUACAAUGGAUGACUUGGCUGAGAUGUUACCUGCUGUCCUAACACACUUGAGCCUAAAGUCUGUCAUAGGGAUUGGGGUUGGAGCCGGUGCCUAUGUGUUGUCCAAAUUUGCACUUGACCACCCUGAACUGGUGGAGGGCCUUGUACUCAUCAACAUUGACCCCUGUGCCAAGGGAUGGAUUGAUUGGGCGGCUUCCAAGGUACAGAAUUUUAUCUUCAGGAAAAGACUGGUUUGUGCUACUUUUUGUAUGCAGAAAGUUGAGUUCAAUCAAAAUCUAGAUCUCAUUCAGACCUACAGAUUACAUAUUGCUCAAGACAUCAACCAAGAAAACCUUCAGCUUUUCUUGAAUUCUUAUAAUAGCCGCAAAGAUCUUGACAUAGAAAGACCGGUUCUUGCAUCGAAUAAUUCAGUGGGAACGCUCAAGUGCCCAGCUCUCCUGGUGGUUGGUGACAAUUCUCCUGCAGUUGAUGUUGUGGUGGAAUGUAACUCAAGAUUAGACCCAACAAGAACAACACUUCUUAAGGUAUCCUUGUAUGUGGGGGGGGGGGGGGAAAUCUAUAUCUCCCAACAGAUUUCUCAGAAAACCUUUACAUUCCUUUCAGAAUCAACUUUUUUUUUUUUUUUUUUUUUUUUUAAAGGGACACUGCCACAAAAUACUCCCACAAAUGUGGGCAAUUGA